CUCGCACCGCCCCUCACCGUGCCCGGGCCCGCCUCCUUCCCUUCCAAGAUGGCGGCGGCCGGCGGCGGCCCGGUGCGGCUGCGGCUGGUGUUUGACUACCCGCCGCCAGGCAGCCCGGGCUGCGCGCUGUGCUGGCUGCUGCUGGAGCCCGGCCGGGUGCGCCUCGUCACCGACCUCCUCAGCCUCAUCCGACACAGGUUCGGCUUCAGCCGCCGGGCCCGCCUCAGCCUCUUCCUGGAGGGGGCGCUGCUGCCCCCCACCGAGAGCGCCCGCCUCGUGCGGGACAACGACUCGCUCCGAGUAAAAUUGGAAGAGAUUGCUGCAGAUGACUAUGAAGAGAUAGGUAGUGGCUUCUCGUAUACACCAACGGAAGACAAAAAAAGGCAUAGACAAAAGAAGGAAGAAGACUUCUCUAUAAAUGAAAAACACAGGCAUAAAAGGGAAAAGAAAAAGAAUAAACAUAACUCUGAGUAUCCCUCCUGUAGGGAAGAGACCUCUGUAGAUAUUUGGGACCCUCAUAAAAAGCACAAGAAAAGAAAAAGAAAGGAUGAAGUUAGUGAAAGAAAUAGACUCACAGAAGGUAAGGAAGAGAGCUCUUCUGGCCAACCUAAAAAGCUUAAAAAAACAGAGAGGGAGAAGGAGUCGGCAACAAAAAAGAAGGAUAAAAAGCAGACAAAGGCUGCUGCAGCAAAGGUGGAUUUAGAACAGGCAAAUCAGAGCUCACCUCGAAAUUCUGGUAAAAAUAACACAAAAAAACCAACACGGUUCAAAAAAAGGAGGGUGGCAGCUUCCCCUUCCUCCAGCACAUCGUCUGACAGUGACAGCAGUGAGGUAAACGUAAAGCAAAAUACAUCUUCCCAUAAACCUGUAGUGGCGACACUUCCCAAAGACAAAUCCCAAACUGCUGCAAAUGCUGAUGCGAAAACUGUUGUUUCUAAUAAAGUGACUGUAAAGCCCAACGCUGACAAUUCCACUAAGACUGCAAUUAGUAAAAAUGCUAAAAAAUCCCCAUCCUCUAGUUCAGAUUCUGACUCAAGUACAGAGGAUGAGAAGGUGGCAGCAGCACACGACAGUACGGCAAAGGAAAAGCCACUGCCCAGCACCACCAAGGCUCCCAAAGCACAAACCUCCUCCUCAGAGUCUGAGAGUUCAGAUUCAGAAACACUUGUUAAAAAAUCUGCAGCAGACGCUGGACUGAGUAAUUCCAUAGCAAGGAAUUGUACCAAACAGUUGCCAAACAGUAUUCAAGGACCAGUUGCCAGCCCAGGGCGUGGAAGGGGGCAUGGAACGGGAGAGGAUAACUUCUGGAGAGGACCUAGGGGCCGUGGGUAUCGUGGGAUGAUGAGGGGCCAAGGCCCUGGGAGAGGAACCAACCCGGGCUUCUUCUAUAACUACAGCAGUGAAGGCCAGAAGCAGAGGCACUUAAAUGAAGCUGCGACAAACACUUCUGUUCUUGUCCAGAGUCCCGUGGAGGUCCCCAAGAGAGACUAUAGUGUGUUACCUCUUCUUGCUGCUCCACCACAAGUGGGAGAAAGAAUUGCCUUUAAGCGCUUGGAACUAACUGAAAAUUACUGUCCUGAAGUUUCAGACUAUAAGGAGGGGAAAAUCAUCAGUUGGAAUGCUGAUAAAAAACAGAUCGAGCUUGAGAUCCUUUCGCCAUCAGCAGGACAACAUGCAAAAGAGCCAGGGAAAUUCGAUCUGGUUUACCAGUCUGCAGAUGGAGCAGAACUGAUCGAGUACGCUGUUCCUCAGGAUACAAAGAUAACUGAAAGUUGGGAUGCACUGAUAGAGCCACGACUGAUUGUUGAGCCUCCAGUUAACGGAUCCAGCAUCGAAAAUGGAACAAUCUGAAAUGUGAACAGAUGUAAAUAAUUGCCCGGACUGUCUUUGUGCCAUGCUGCCUUCUAGUGCUGAGGGCAGCAGAUGAACUGGUGGAUAUUUUUAAUAAAUGGUUCUAAAAAGAAGCUAUGUCAAAAGGAAA